GGCAGCAAAGAACCAGCUCGGUUCAUUUCCGUUGCAUAGCCGCCGCCAUUCAGACAGCGUCGAACUAAUGGCAAAUCUGAACAUUUUGCACGGGGUUUUCUUUCUUGUUUCAGUGCAAUACGUGGCGGCUAAUGAAGUUCCCAGGUCCUGUGAGGAUGUUUUGGGCCAUUAUGCCGGCACCGUGUUCAAAGAAGGUGUAUAUACCAUUGACCCUGACGGCGCAGGAGGAGUGGACCCCUUCCAGGUCACCUGUACAACCAGAGAUGAUAUACUUGGACACGGUGUCACCUUAGUGCCUCACCAAUUUGGUGUUGAGCCACUGCCACAGCAUUAUCAAGGUCCAGGUGAACGUUCACGAUACGCUUCAUUUGACUACAAACCCACCGAAGAGCAGCUUGACAGCCUAACCCGUAUUUCUGGCAAAUGCCGCCAAUAUGUUCGACUUUCAACUAUUCAUUCAGAAAAUUUUUUAAAAAGUCCUUGGUGGGUGUCCCGCCAAGGAUGGAACAUGACCAAUUGGGGAGGUGCCCCUACAAACAGCUCUAAAUGUGCUUGGAUCGAUGUGAUGGAGAGAACAUGGACUGUAAUUCCAAAUUGAACGACUACCUACUGCGAAAUGACGAAGGAUAUCUUGACGAUAAGCGCUAUCUACCGGUGAAGCAAGUACCGAUUGGUGAUCUUGAUGAUGAUGGUGAAGAGGCAUUUUUAAUGGUGAAGCCGUUGGAAUGCUACGGAGAUAUGGUGAGUGGACCACCUACUGAAAAAUGCCUCUGCAGUCUCCACGCCGAGGUGAAAGGCACUACCAAAGCAGGUCCAUUACUCUAUGAACUCCCAGAUCUCAUCUAUGGACAAGGCCAUAACGAUGUCUGGAUAGAUGACGGCAACCAGAAAAAGAAGGUCACCGACGUAUAUCCACACUUCUUUAAUACCAGGAAGCGCCGCCAGCUAUUGCCUUCCAUCAGUGUGGCCUCUGGCAUCUCACCAGAGGGCUUUAACGCGCUACAGAGCUGUCCAGUGGACUGUGAACGCCUAGCCAAGUUGACACUUGCGACCAAGCCCCUGACCACCAAGAUAACGAAUGGCGGCAUCCAAAAACCCUUAGGUCAAAUGAUGUGUGAGAAGGCCGGGGUGACCAUUCCUCCCCCUGGAAGCCGGAUUGUGGCCUUCUACAAGACUGCACCUGCCUGUGGUUUCUCUGGCAGUUCCACGCAUCUCGCAGGUAAUACGACGAUUUGCUGCAACGUGUUCACCUUGCCUUUCACCAACCAGGUGUACAACUAUUUCAGUGAGAAAUGUGUCCACAAUGUUGACCUCGGUACGAUCUUCGGUUCAGGAUAA